AUGCUGUCCAAUCCGCCCCCUUCCAGCAGGCUUCACCCGCGCACGCCCCGACACCAGCAUCGGCGGCAGAACUCGACGCCUUCGGCGUUUGAGGUAGUAAAGAUUGCGCCCCUGCCCAGUUUCCAGCAGCAACGGUCGCAUGUGGCACACCGACGGGGCCUCAGCCUCGACACGCGGCGACAGCAGCUCGCUUCGACAACCGCGACCACAACAACACGGCAGGACUACACAACGGUAGGUACUUCGACCACUAACCCAGGAUUAGCAACGACACAACAGCAUGUACUGCAAGAAGCGCAGCAGCAACGCACAGCACGCCCGGGCCCCAGCCAGCCCACAUUCACAGAUGACAAUGAGGCUUUCCUUCUGUCGCCCCAUGUCACCGCCCAAAGUCAGCGCUUCAUGGACGCAUCCCCAAGCAGAGGGCGGAUGGCAGACUUGACGGCCUUCUCCUUCGACGCCUACCUAGGGGGCAUCGACAUCACCAAGAAUCCCCCAAGCUUCACGAACAAUACCGGCCUGGACCCAGGGGGAGACUUCGAGUUCUUCGGCACCGACAGUGCCCUAUCCACGCCCACAUUUAUCACCUUCCCAGAUUCAUGUCCGGCAAGCCCGGCCCAGGGGUGGAUCUCGGAAAGCGAGACGGCGAGCACACAACCACGCCGGGCAUCGCGGAGGAUAAGUGGCAGCAUCAUGGAAAAGGUCGCCAGAUUCGAGGCUUUGGGAGGCGGAGUUCACACCUCGUCCCAGAGACCGUGCACACCCACUAACCAGAUGAUGAACGGAUGUUUCCCUCAAACUCCGGUGGGCACACCUCAUCAGCAAUUCAUCAAGACCGAGCCGACUCCCCUUCAGCCCACGAAUAGAUUUUCUGAGAACUACGACGAGUCGAUGGAAGAGACGAUCAAGCCUAGCCGCGCCAACAAGAAUAGUAAUCGCAACUCUGGUGUUUUCCAGGACUUGAGGCAGCAAGCGGAGGGCAUGGUCCAAACGCCGCCUCGUGCAGGCACCAUACCCAUGCCGCUGAUGGACCAGAACCACCGGUCGCCGGAAUUCAUGAACAUGCGCAACGUCAGCGAUGAGUUCGUCAAGAUCGAACGAGCUUUCAAUGGGGCUUGCCAGGCUCCGAUCCCGCAGGCAUUUGCUCAACAGCGUGAUCCCUUCAGCAACAAGCCAGAUUUCCAUGCCCCGAUAGAUCCUGAGUCUCAGCACACUCUCAUUCACCAUGGUUUACCAAGCCCAGGCAGCAAGACCCCAUCACGCCGCAGCUCGCCCCAUCGCCGGGCGGAGUCUAUAGCGUCCAUCACCAGCGCGGCUAGUAUCGCGGACAUCAAUAUCGAGGAGACCAAGACCGAGACCGGCGUGACUCUCGAUGACAUUGCCGCCUUCAUCCGAGGACCGGACCCGUCAGACGGAAAGUGGGAGUGCCUGUACGAAAACUGCCACAAGCGCUUCGGGCGCAAGGAGAACAUCAAGAGCCACGUCCAAACCCAUCUGAACGACCGCCAAUACCAAUGUCCAACAUGUAAAAAGUGCUUUGUCCGCCAACACGACCUCAAGCGGCAUGCCAAAAUCCACACAGGCAUCAAGCCGUACCCGUGCGACUGCGGCAACCGCUUUGCGCGCCACGACGCCCUGACGCGCCACCGUCAACGAGGCAUGUGCAUCGGCGCCUUCGACGGCAUCGUGCGGAAAGUGGUGAAACGCGGGCGGCCGAAGAAAGUCCGACCGGACAUGGAAGGGCGCCUCGAGAAGAGCGAGCGGACGAGGCGCAAGAACAGGCUCGACUCAGUCAGCUCGGUGAGCAGCCAGUCCGGGUGUUCAGACAGCUCGGCCGCGAACUCGCCCGGCAAUAACGAAUUCGACGGGCUCAUGGACGAGGACCAGUUCGCCGACAUCGACAUCAUGGACGUGGCCAUGUCCUCCAUCCCGACUACGUCGGCGGCAGCAACGAUGAAUCCAAGCGCUCUCGUUGGCGUCUCGAGCGCGCCCAUGCCCACAAUCAGCGAGAGCAUGGCCGAUGUCUUCGGCACCGCCUUAUCCCCCGGCGCAAACCACGUCGCAUCGCCCUCGGCCAUGAGCAACUACAGCCACGCCUCGCAUGCCACCACGCACUUGUCCUCGGCCUCGCGGCCCGCAACAGCAAGCGACCGCACCACGCAGCCCCUACAUGGUGGCGGAGGAGGAGGCGGUGGGGACUACCGCGACGGCACCGCGGAUCAGCCGCUGCGCAGGGCGGAUUCACCCGCCAGGAGCGUCGCCAGCCACUACACCCACCUGCCGGGGACGCCGCCCGAACUCUCAACGAGCAGCUCGCCCCCGCCGACCAGCGGCAGCGGCAGCGGCAGCGGCAGCGCGCAGUUCUUUGACGUGGAUCCCAACAGCAGCGGCAUCUCGGACGCCAGCAUCGGGUUGGGCACCACGGUUGCCGCCCACGCAGCAGCAGCCGCCGCGGCCGCGGCUAGUUCAGUCGGAAUGGGAUGCGGCAGCUCGGCGAUGCCUGCGGGUGGUGUUGGCGGCCUGGAGAAUGACAUGCUCCUGCAGUACGCAGAUCACGACGGGCUCGUCCAGCUCGACCAGAGCAUGCUCCUGGGCAAGUUCGAUGAGGACUUUGAUGGUGUCAGCAUGUUUGCUAAUGGAGAGGACGUCUUCUUUGGAACGACCUAG